AUGCCGCUGAACCGGCCGCUCUUUUUGCUUUUCGGAGUUGCGCUGGGCUCCUUCGGGCCUGGGGCUCUUUGCGGCCCUCCCUCACACUCCCUGUCCUACUUCUACGUGAAACUCUCAGAGCCCCGUCAGGGGCUGCACCGGUUCUUCAUUAAGGUCCACCUGGAUGACCAGCCCAUCUUUCGCUUUGAGAGCCUCACCAGGAAGAUGGAGCCUCUGGUGCCCUGGAUGGAGGAGGCAGGGAAGAAGUUUCUGAUCCCUGAGUGGAUCUUCAGGGCUGACAUGGAGACAUUAUCAAAACUGGACCAGGAGGCUGGAGGGCUUCGUACCUGGCAGGUGAAUCUGGGCUGUGAGCUCAGGCAAGACGGGAGCAAAGGAGGGUUUUUGCACUAUGGCUACGAUGGGAUGGACUUCAUCAGCUUUGACAAGGAGACCCUCAGAUGGGUGACAGCUCAGCCCCAGGCCCAGAAGGUGAAGGAGGAGUGGGAGGAGGAUCCAAGAUGGUCCCAGGGAAGUAAAGCCUUCCUGGAGCAGACCUGCUUUGUGUGGCUGCAGAGAUACCUGUCCUACAAGAACAAGACUCUGGAGAAGAUAAAGCCUCCAGUGGGGAAGGUGACCCAUAAAGUGGAGGAUGAGAGGCUGGAGGUCCUCACCUGCCAGGCCUUUGGCUUCUACCCCAAGGAGAUCCAGGCCACCUGGACCAGGGAUGGAGAGGCCUGCAAGUACGAGACCCUCCUUAAGAACGUGGCCCCCAACUCAGACGGGACCUAUUAUGUCCAGCUGAGCAUUGACAUCGACCCCAAGGAGAGGGACCAUUUUCGGUGUCAUCUGGAGCACGAGGGCUUGCAGGAGCCCCUGGACUUGGCUUUCAAGGAGGAAAGAGGUGAGAGGCUGAGAGGGUAG